UGAAGCUCCUAAAGGGCUCGGCUGACGUGAUGUCUACUGGCUCAGUGAGCGACCCUGAGGAGCUGCCUGACAUGGAGUUGCGUGGGCUGCAGCUGCCGUACACACCCACGACAUCCUCCAAGAGGCAGCCUCGCCGAGGACGCAGCAACAGCGAACUUUACCCCUCUGCGGACAAUACGUCUGCAGAAGAGGACGAAGACGAGGACGUAGAGGAGGAAACUUGCACCCUGGGAGCACCCCGCGCGGCUAGCGGUAGUUGCAAGAGGAAACGGACUCGGGGAGCUGCCGGGAGCGGUGGCGGAGGCUGCAAUAGCAGCAGCAGCGGAAGCGGGAGCAACUGCCCCAAGAAGUCUCUGCUACCCAAGGGCUCAUCUGCUGAAUGCAAGCAAUCUCAAAGAAACGCGGCCAAUGCCAGAGAAAGAGCAAGGAUGCGAGUGUUGAGCAAAGCCUUCUCCAGGCUUAAGACCAGCUUGCCUUGGGUACCCCCUGAUACCAAACUUUCCAAACUGGAUACACUCAGACUGGCCUCCAGCUAUAUAGCGCAUCUCCGGCAGCUGCUGCAGGAAGACAGAUACGAGAACGGCUACGUGCAUCCCGUGAAUCUGACUUGGCCAUUCGUGGUUUCAGGAAGACCAGACGCUGACACCAAAGAUGUUUCGACAGCCAGCAGAUUAUGUGGAACUACAGCUUAAAUCGAGGGACUGACUAAUCAAUUUAAUUGGA